AGGUUAAAGCAAAAAGGUGCCACCGCACGGGAGAUAAAAAAAAGGGGGCGCUCACUACCCUCCCCGACACCUCUUCGAGUGGUAUUUGACGAAGAAUCGCCACAACCACUACGGUAAUACUACCGCUCUGCGAGACAGCACCCGCCGUUAUCCACGGAGAAAGACGCAAGCAACAAGACGUGGGGGUAUCUUCUGCGACGGUGUAUUUAUUGGCAUUACCAAGAGCUGUGUAUUUUUUUUUUCUCUUUGCCUUUGGUUUGGCUCUGCAAACACCCUACGCAUCCCUACCUGCUGCUGCUGCUUCUUGGUGUGAAACCUGUGGUCGACCCUCCCUCCGCAACAUCCUCCGCCCUGGAAUCAAUCGCCCUGAGUUGGAUUACCCGUUCCUCCCCGAAGGAGAUACCAACCCCGGCCUCUCAUUAUUUCUGGCAUCCCUAAUCGCAUCGAGAUCAACUCGGCGGCCGAAAUCGGACUCAAUCGUUUUCCAACUCAACAGAUGAGUGCCAGCUUCCCGGUGGUGUCCGCUCGUUGGCUGGCGGCUGCGCUGCUCGCGUGCUCGUUGGUGGCGCUGACGCAGCCCGGCGGCUGCGCGGCGCGCAUCCUGCACAAGCGCUCCUUCGUCGAGCUCGGCUGCCGGGGAAACUUCGAGCAGUCGUACCUGGCCCGCCUGGAGCGAGUCUGCGAAGAGUGCUACCAGCUGUACCGCGAGCCGCAGGUCUACAACCUGUGCAGGGGCAGCUGUUUCAAGAACGAAAACUUUGACCUGUGCGCCGACGCCCUGCUUCUGAAAGACGAAAUGACUGACCUGCGACGCAUGAUCAACUACGUCUACGGAUGAUCCCGGACUCCCAGAGAACGCAUCCAGCGCCGCGCUCCACGGGAGGCAGUCAGGGAGGGAGGAGGAGAGGCCGAGACAGAGUGUUCUUCCUCGUAGAGACUGGAACAAGAGAGAGAGAGAGAGAGAGAGAGACUAGAAAGAGAGUACAACUUAGGGAUAAGAUAGCAAAGAGAGGGAGAGAGAAAAAAUACUCAGCCUUCCUCUCUGACUCCUUCUAACGAUA